CCGCCUUCAGGAAAACCUGAAAAAGGCAGUGCUUGGUACGACCAAAAGUCAAACGUCAUGAAACCCAUCAAGACCAAAAUUAAUAUGGACUAAAUGAACAAUGUACCACGUGGUGGUAGUGGCAGUGUAGUUGUGAGCCUUCUAUCUAACAUCAUAGACAACCUUUCGUUUACGUUUACUUUCGGAAAUGGGCCAUGGUCAUGUUUUUCUCACAUAAAACUAUCCAUAUUUUUAGUAGAGGGAGGUUGACUUUAGAAUAAAUCAAUCAAUCAAGAUUUCUCUAAAUUUUUCAUAUCACCUGAGCCUUGUUUCGAUCCAAUCGAAGAUCGACAUCCCCUCCCUCCUCCCCUCCCCCCCUCCUCAGAUUCUGUUCCGUUCCGUUCCGUUUUGACUGCCAGGCUUGUUUACAACAAAAGCACUUGUGUUUGCAUCUAGAAAGGAAAUGCUUUGUUGUGUCGCUGAAACGAAGCCCGGUGAGAAUCUGAGGGUUCCAAGACGGUGACACAAGGGUUAAGUGUACUUUUCAUCUUAGCGCCGAUUUGUCGGCGAUAUGACAGGCGCGAUGACCACUGUGACACGCUCGAAGAAACGACGCUGUGUGGAGGCUCAAGGCUCUGCUGGGCAUACGGAAAGUUCUAUUCAACCUAACUGCAGUCAAACUGCUGGGCCUGUGAAUAGUGGUAUUUAUGGAAGGCUUGAGCUUAUGGGGGCUCCCAGCAAGUCUGUCGAAAAACCCUUACAGUUAGAAGAAAAAGAUUGCCAUUUGAUUAGUUUUGCUCCUCGGAGCAACAAUCCAGUUGGUGUUGUUGGGGCAUCAAGCUCUACAGAACCGUCUCGAAUUAUGAGAUGUGAAUUGCCAGCUCGAUCUCGAAGAAGCAUAUCUCCUUUAGCGAGCAGCUCAACUAUCAAGAGUAUGGAUGUCAAUGAAACACAACAGGCGGCAAGACUUAUGAGGUGUACUUUGCCAGCUCAACCUAUCCAUCCCUUUCCAGUCUCCUUAGCAAGUUGUUCAUCAAGCCAAUGUGAUGACUUAAAUGAAAGUCAAGUUGUGCCUCCAGCUCGAAUUAUGAGAAGUGCCGGAUCAUCUCGAUCAAAGAUAGCUAGAUGCACUGCCCCUACUACGUCAGAAUCGGCCCUUUUACAAGGUGAUGUGAUUGCCAAUAUUAAUUCCACCCCUGAAGAUGAAGUAAAACAGCAGACCAGACCUUCAGAAGUUCUCCCAAUUUGUAUGUCAGAGGUGGUUGCUGACCCAGAAAGCUUGAAAUGCCGUGAAGGCCAGUCGUCAUACCCUCUUAGAGCCCUGAAAAUAGUUCCAAAGUAUCAUGAUAAUGGCUUUGGAAUAGCAGCCAAGCCAAAGGUCAAACCACACACAGUCAAAGAAGAUGUGAUAAAAACCAAUGACAUGUGUAGUGGAUAUGGUCGAAGUACUGAAUUCGAUAAUAGCCCUAUAAAUUUCCUUCCAAAUGAGAUAUUCUGCAUGAUAUUUUCAUAUCUCCCUCAGUUAGAACUGCUUAGGACCUGCUCUAGAGUCUGCCAUCGCUGGCGGUCCAUUGCAAUGACACCUACCUUGUGGCAAACAUUGUGCAUUCGUGGUCAGGAUGUUCCCAUUGAAAUUGUGCGUGGUUGCAUAAAACAAUCCUCUAUGUUGAAAUCUAUAACUAUUAAAGACAGGCAAGAUAUUGAUGCUAUAUUGCCAGUCCUGCAUCAACAAUCCAAGCGCUUAGAGUCUGUUAACUUAAUUAGAUGCCGACCUUGUGAUGCCUCCAAGAGGAACUUGCACGCAAAAUAUUUGUAUCCUUUCCUGAGGAAAGGACAACUACACAACCUAAACUUGAAGGGUACAGAUUACAAAAGUAGAAAAUUCUAUCAAAUGUUGAGUGGUUUGCCAAGUCUGGAAAAACUGAACAUAAGCUGUUCCAAAAGUAUUUCCCCUCAAAUACUGGUUGAAAUUGCAAAACAAAAAAAUCUCAAAGUUUUCAAGAACAAAUGGCACUCUAAUUCUAUUUACCAUGGACCUAAAUCAAUGACCAUACAACUGCCUGGUAAAAUUGAUGAAUGGUCCAAUGCAUAUUCUCAGCUUUUCCAUAAUGCUGGCAGAAAUUUAACAACCCUUGAGUUCUAUGCUGCUGGUAUAAGUAAUGCUGCUCUCUUGAGUCUCUCCAACUGCAAGAAAUUAAAGAAGCUUUUUAUUUAUAAUGCCAAUUGCUUCGGAAGUGAAAGCAUGGCAGCUGUUUGCAAUCUUCCAGAACUUCAGGAAUUACUGAUCCAUAAUGCCAAAUUAAAAGCAGUUGAUGUACUUGAUACAUUUCAAAAUGGUAAUUUAUCUGGACUUCAAUGUCUACAUCUUAAUGAAUGUGUCCAAAUGACCAGCAAUGAAGAUGUGUCUGCUGAUGCCUGUUUGAAGAUGUUGGCAGAAAAAUGUGCACAAUUGAAGCACCUUUCUUUUACCAAGUGUUGUAGUGUGUCUGAUGAUGGGGUGCAAUCAGUCUUGCGUAAUUGUCCCAAACUAGAAAGUCUAGACCUCAAUGGUGCCCAUGGUGUUUCUGGCCAGUCAUUUCUUGAAAUUCCCAAUCACACUCCACAUUUGAAGCUUCUGAUAACAGAAGAAAAUUGCUCUGAGCAAAAGAGUGAAGUUCUCAAGACUUUGAUUGAGAAACAUGGCAUCAAUGUUAGUACAGUUUCUACUUGGAAACACAGAUGUACUCCUCACCUUCUUUAACAGUAUUCAGUUUGUUAUUCUUAACUUUUUCAUUCUCAAUGUUUGUGAUUUAUUGGAAAUUCCUUGUGAUGGUGCAUAAUGCUUUAUGCAAUCUUAAAUUAUUUUUUUCAAAGGGAUCUUUGUGGUAUUAUUCAUAGAUUUAAUUUAUGAACAUUUGUCGUUUUUUUUUUUUUUGUAAGCUAAAGACCAAAACUAACUUUUAUUUAUUUAUACCUUAUGGAACAUACUUGCCUACUUUUAAAUUGUAUCCACAAUGGUUUUCAAGCAAAUUCUAUGUAUGUCAUGUCAAACAUUUGUGUGUCAGCAUGUGUUAGUUACUGUCCCCUCUCAGUUGAAUGCAAAACCUUAAAUCUGAAGGUCAAUCUGGCUUGAGCCAUGUGCUCAGCUUGGACCAAUAUGUUUAGGGUUGGGGAGGGAAUCAUCUGAAUCCAAAAGCUAUAAUCUGAAGGUCAAUCUGGCUUGAGCCAUGUGCUCAGCUUGGACCAAUAUGUUCAGGGCUGGGGAGGGAAUCGUCUAAAUCUGACGGAAAUUGUCAAGUUAGGUAACUUGCUUGGAAAAUUAUAGUUGAAAAUAUAUGUCAAAGUUGGA